UCGAGCGCGAAUUUAUUCCAUGAUUAACGCGUGACUAAGAUUAGCGCCGCCGCCGUCUUGCGUCCUUGCUGCCCUCCGUUGCGGCGGAGGACGCCAUUAGACUAAAAACAUGCGGGCACGCCGUUGCCGCUGGGCUGCACUCCACGAUCCUCCGGCCAGCGAAGGUAUAAUUUUAGGUUUGUCAUCGCUCAAGAAGAAGAUUAAUGAUUCUUCAACCAUGCUGUUGUACGAAUUGCCCUCUGGUUUCGCAAUUAUCUCUUUUGAUGGGGUCGACCUCACCAUUCCGAUGAAGGAUCUCUGGGCAUACCCGCCACAGAAUGUCAGGCUUGAGGGGUUCAAAAAGUUUGAGGAGAAGUCCACUGCCAUUGACCUCACUAACGGGGUGGUGGGCAAAGACCUGUCUGAGAUGCUCACCAAGUUUUGUGGCUCUGAGCAGAAACUACUUGUUGGACAGGCUGAAUAUAAAAGAAUAAUUGAAGGGAAGCUGGAUAUAACCUGUCAGUAUGAUAAUAUUGUGGAGGAGCUGAUUUGGGGUCUAGAUAAUAUCAUGCACACUUUAUUGCCUGAGGAAGCAUCAGAGCCGAAGGAGUAUCGGCCCCCCAGGGGGAAAGGAUUAAUCCUUUUCUUACACCAAUAUGGCUUUGUUGUCCAAGAAAACUCGGUUACUGGAAGCAUUGUUGAGAAGGCUCGUCUCUUGUACCACCUUGAGUUAAAUGAAAGGCAGUAUUUGAAACUAUUGUGCAGAUCUAUAAAGAAAUUCAUUGAUGUAUCAUCUCUCACUAAGCGUUGGAGUUUACUCAAAUUUGGAACAGCUCUGAAGUUUCUUUGUUACCCUGAAGAAUCGUACGAAGUUUGGGGCCCUCAUAAGAUGAUUGUAGUAUGUUUUACGUGCGUUUGAGUAUCCACACACAGCAAUUAUCGUUCUGACAGUAGACUGAAUUAUGUUUCUUUCAGAUUUUGUCCGCUGCUGAGUAUGAGGGUGUAACGUCCAGGAGACAUCAAUACAGACGUGUGAUUAAGGCUAAGAUCGAUGUCUUCUCAGUGUACAAUUAAUGAUGUUUUGGCUCUCUAUUCAGAAAGGCUUAACCUUCUGUUUCGUUUAUCCUUCCUGAUGCCGGUGGAGCCAAAGCAUAUUAUAAUUUGGAAUGAUCGUUUUUGCCGAUUCGACUGAUUUACCUGCUGGCUCCGAAGUUGGAAAAUAAGCUAUUACUGAUGUUGAUAGUAUGCUCGACUCCACUGAAAAUUGUACUCGAGUCUCUGUAGUCAUGACCAGUGAAUUGGAUUUCCCUGAGACGCGACAAAAAGAUGUUACC